CUUUCUUCUUCUCGCUCUGCGGUCCAUAACAUUUUUAUUUUUGUUUUCUCCUCUUUUUCUUUUCUUGUUCUUCUUCUUCUCUGUUCUCUCCGAUCCAAAACACAGCGUCCCUUUCGGAUUUUCAUGUUUUUCGAUUCGUAGAUCGGACUGAUAUGAUUUCUUCGGCAAAGUUCUAGCUCAUGUUACGGGCUACGUUCUAGUAUUUUUUUUGUAAUUUUUUUUUUCUUUUGCUUGACUACAGGAUGAGUUAAGAGCGUUCGAAGUUCACUCACCGUUCUCGGACGAUUCUCGGAUCUCCGACUUCGGGUUGAGAUCUCGGCCAAACUUCUUCACAGAUCUUGCGUAGAGUUGUUCGUGAAUAUAUUAAGAGUUCAGAUCUUAAUUCACAAAGGAAAACUGUAGAUCUGAGAAAACGUUCAAGAUCUUACUCGGGGGUUUUUCCGAUUUCUUGAUGGAAAAUGGGAAUCCGGCCACCCACAUUCUCUUUUUCCUUCCAAGAAAGUCUCCCUGCACAUGGUCUUGACCGGAAUGGACUCCAACGGACUCUUGGGGUUUCAUUUGGACCCCUAAGUGGUAGGAGGGGCAAACUUACCUAUUUGCCCCUCUCUCAACUUUUCAUCCGGCGAAAGUGGGGCGUUGACAACGCCAGCGGCGUUCGGCGAAGAGAGAGGGAGGGAAAUCAAUCCGGCUACUGAUGGAAGUUUUUCUAAGUUCUCUCUGCCAGAUGAACACAGCUCUCCACAAUGGUAUGGAAUCUGUUGCCGAAGAUGAUUCUAUGGGCGACUCAGCAGUGCCGAUGUUUGUUCAACCUACAGAAGCAAUGUUGGACGAAAUUGACAUAAUGGAGAAGUUGGAAAUUAAGGAUAUAGAUGAAGAGCAGGUCAUUGAUAUUAACAGCCUUGAUAAGAAGGAUCCACUUUGUGUUGUGGAGUACAUCAAUGACUUGUAUACAUACUAUAGGGCAGCGGAGGUUUCUGUCUGUGUUCCACCAAAUUACAUGGCCCAGCAAGCACAUAUUAGCGACAGGAUGAGAGGGUUUCUCAUUGACGGGCUAAUAAUUGAGUUUAUGAAGGGACUACCAAAGCAGAACAUAAUAAUUACUUCAAAGGUACACUACAGAUUUAAGCUUAUGGAAGAGACUGUACCUAACAGUCAACCUCAUCGAUAGAUUCUUAGCAGUAUAUUCAGUGGCGAAGAAGAAUCUCCAGCUAGUUGGAGUGACAGCCAUGUUUAUAGCCAGCAAGUAUGAAGAGGUUUGUUUUUUUGUUAUGGACGAUUUUAUUCAGAUAUCUGAGAAGGUCUUCGGAGUAAAAGAAAUUCUAAACAUGGUUAUGUUUUUGUAUUGAAAGAGCAACACUUGCAAAACUAGAAACUUAGACUCUUACAAGUGUAGGAUCAUGUGGGAUCUCACAAUCCUCCACCCGAGUGUCCUUAUAGGCACACCACCUAGUGUAUGGCUUUGAUACCAUUUGUAAUAGCCCAAAAACACUUCUAGCAGAUAUUGUCUGUUUCGUCCCGUUACUUACCGUUAUCAGCUUCUUGAUUUUUAAAUGUGUCUGU